AGGGGGAUAAUUCUGGCAGGGGGAAACAUUUCGGCACAACACAGGACCUGCCAAAUAGCCUACUAACUUUCUGCCAACCAACUUCAGCAGUGGUCUCUCAAUAGCUGUAGGUAGGCUGCUACGGGCCACAGCCCCACCUUGCAGGGAACACUACUCCGUCUCGGACUUCACAGAUAACAACAUUCUGAGUCAGACGGCUCAACCUCCAGUCUGAACAGAUAGUCUUCAUGGACUAGAGGGGAUGGCUGCGCGACCGAGACUAUUUUACCUACUCACAACUUUAUUCCUGUUUUUUAACUACUACUCUGCAUUACCGGCGACUGGCACCAAGAAAGGAAACUCGGAUAAAUGCAACUAUAAGGGGCUCCAGGUUCAGUCAAGUUCUGACGAGAAUGGUCGGAAGCUCGGGGUCACAUUCCGAACAGACAAUUGCUCUGUGAACUGGAGCCCAUUGGGGAAGCAUGCCAUCUAUGAGGUGAACAAUGUGACGUUCAGCCACCUCUCCUGUGACAGCCAGGCUGCUGUGGUGGUCCACUGGAUGAGCAGCCCUCUAGGUAUAGAGCAUGUGAAGGGCUUCAGAGUUUACCUGGAGGAUAAGGACCCAGAGGGGAAGCAGUGUCAGCACAUGAUCCUCAAAGACCCACGACAGCUCAACUUUUCUUACAGCAAUGUGAAGAUGAACUCUCAGCCCUUCCCUGGCCUGGCCUUUGAGACGGACUACAUGGUCCGGAUUGUUCCUUUCCCCACCUUCAUGAAUGACAGCUUCUUUCCUCCGUCCUUCCUGCGCACCAACUCCUGUGAAGUGCUUCUGGGACCCGACAACCUCGUCUGCAAACCAUUCUGGAAGCCCAAGACCCUCAACAUCUCUCAGCGGGGCACCAACCUCCAUGUUGUCUUUGACCACGCCCCCUCCACCUUCGGCUUCACCGUUUACUACCUGUACUACAAACUAAGACAGGAGGGACCCUUCAGGCUCAAACGCUGCAAACCGGAGUUAAAUCUGCCCAAAACAACAUGUGUUCUUCAAGAUGUGAUACCAGGAACCUAUGCGAUCGAGCUGCGAGAUGACACCAACACCACCAGGAGACAGGCCCAGUACCACGUGAGCCAAGCCCACUCCCCGUGGGCAGGUCCUAUCAGAGCCAUGGCCAUCACUGUUCCUCUGGUCAUCAUUUCUGCCUUUGCUACACUCUUCACCGUCAUGUGCCGCAAGAAACAACAAGAGAACAUCUACUCCCAUCUGGACGAGGAGAGCUCUGAGUCAUCGUCUCACACCACAGCUCUGAAUGCAGACAGGCCAUGGCCCCGGACCAAGGUGUUUGUCUGCUACUCCACUAAGGACUGCCCCAAACACCUCGCUGUCAUACAGAGCUUCGCCUUCUUCCUCCAGGACUUCUGUGGCUGUGAGGUGACUCUGGACCUAUGGGAGCACCUGCAGAUCUGUAAGGAGGGCCAGAUGUCCUGGCUGAGCCGGCAGAUAGAUGAGGCUCACUACAUCAUCACUGUCUGCUCCAAGGGCCUUAAGUACUACGUAGAGAAGAAAAACCGCAGAGGGAAAUCACCAGCCAGAACUUGCCCUGGAGGUGGUGGAGCAGCAGCGGCAGCAGCGAGUGGAGCAGAGCUCUUCAUCGUUGCCGUGGCAAUGAUCGCAGAGAAGCUUCGCGAGGGGUGCCAGAAAGACCAGGACCUGUCUCGUUUCAUGGCCGUCUACUUCGACUACUCCCACGAGAGCGAUGUCCCCACCAUGCUGAGCCUGGCUCCCAAGUUUAAGCUCAUGGAUCAGCUCCCUCAGAUGUUCAGCCUCCUCCACUCUCGACAGCUCAGUUUACCGGAGCGCGAACCGCAGCCUCUCAACAUCAGCAAGAGGAACUACUUCCGGAGCAAGUCGGGGCGGUCUCUCUACGUAGCCAUCUGUAACAUGCACCAGCACAUUUCUCUGGAGCCUGAUUGGUUCGAGAGGCAGCUGAUGCCUGCCCCCCCAGCCCCGCCUCCGAAGCACCGUGAUGCCGCCGGAACGUCUUCGUCAUCAUCACCUCACAUGGAGAAGUUUGACUCUGGGCUGGUGCUCAAUGAGGUUCUGUUUAAGUUGCCAUCAGAAAGUGAGGGUACUCUGAAGAGGAAUGUGCUGCUCACGUCUCUCCCACCCAACCUCAGUCUGGCCCACUGCUCCCUGGACAGACCUGUGGGGCCUGGGCCCGGCUCCAGCCUCUCUGAGGGGGAGCUGUCGGGGGCCUCAUCUGGUCUGGGUCCUCUGGGUCUGGGGUCUCUGAGGCCUGUGGUCCCUCCUCAGGCUGGGGACGGCUCGGCCAGUCCUCCAGAGAUGCCCAGGGACUCUGGGAUCUAUGAUUCGUCAGUGCCUUCCUCUGAGCUGUCCAUCCCCCUCAUGGAGGGCCUGUCACCUGACCAGGCUGACUCCUCCUCUCUGGCCGAAAGCGAAUCAUCUUCUUCCGGACUGGGUGAUGAGGAGCCACCUGCUGUCAGCUCUCUGCGCUGCGCCAUGGCAACCAUCUGUAAAGCUGAGCUCCACCAACACCAUCUAAAGCAGUCUGAAGGACUGGGGCUCCCUCCUGUUCCUGUUCCUCCCUUGUAGUGAACGGAACAACAACUUUACAUUACCUGGACACGCAUAAUGACACUUUACUGCCUUCAGAGACACUGCCUUGAUACAGACCAUCAUCCUGAGUUGUACUAGCUAUCUAAAACAUUGAAUCCCAAAUGAACAGUGUACGGUAACCAAGCCCAUGGAUGUCAGUGAUGUCAUCCGCUUUAGAAUCUCUGUGGACUUGUGGCUGAUAGAACACUGAGGAAUGUUGAUGUCAUUGUUUUAGAACACAGAGGGUUUUGUGAACGUUCUAAGUUGUGUGAAGGCAAGGCGUUAUUUAAUCAAAUGGUUGUAUGUUGUUUUGCAUCGCUGUCCUGUAUUUGUUAAGUCUUCUAAAUGUGUUUAUUUUAGACUAGGCCAGAUCUUCCCUUUAAAACAUCCCAUACCAGGUUACUAGUUCACUAACACAUCUGCUUCAACUCCUCUAAUAAUCAUCAACCCUAGAUUACUUGAAUGAGGUGUGUUAGUGCUGGGCUUGAACAAAAAGUCUGCGACUUCAACACCAGAUGUAGUGUGUUUCUAACUGGGACAGUUCCGUGAGCCAGUGGUGAUGACCACAUGCUCUUUUAAGUGAGAGAACAUUGGUUUGUUACUUCAUUCUAAUUUAUUGAAAAUUAUGAAAUAUGAAAUUACUUUUUAAGGAUACAAGGUGCUGAAAUUAUUGUGUCAAAACAUUUACUUGUUUUUUUUAUGUAGUUUUCACACCAAUUUGUUUUACUAAUAGAAAAGGUUUGACAAUUAUUGUGUAAGAGAUCAGAUAUAUUGGGAGUACCUAGGGCUGUGUAUGCUCACUAGGGCUGUGUAUGCUCACUAGGGCUGUGGCAGUUCAUGACAUCUCGUCAGCCGGUGAUUGUCAAGCAAAUAACUGUCGGUCUCACGGUAAUUGACCGUCAAUUAACAUAAACACAUUUAGCAUCUCCUGGUUUCCACAUAUUGCCUACAAGCCACUGAUGCAGACAUUUGGAUCAUCUACAUUUAAAAAAGUCUAUUAAAUCCAUGUAAUAAAGCCAACACCUUCACAAAAAAAUCCAUUAUUAUUUUAGACAGGUCUAAAGAAACAUGAUGGUGAAGCUAAUGUAGUCUAUUUCAGAAGAACUGAAUUGCAUACUCUGAGUUGUCCUCAUGUUAGGUACUGAUCUGGCAGUGCCAUGUGGCUGUUGGCUACAAUAGUUAAUUUAGCGGACAAAAUUUGGUUAGAAUUCCGUGGCAUUAUUUUAUAUUAUGAAGAAUACAAUUGAACAAAGCUGAAUAAAAUAUAAAGGAUGUUUUCUCCAAAUGAUUUGAGGGGUGUGCACAUGUGGUAUUCUGUUUUGAGCAGUUAACAAACAAAUAGAUACUCCUAUAUGCUUAAUUUAAAAUUAAUAAUGUAACUUUAGUUGUUCAACAAACGUUGGGCUAUAUGUUUUGAUUUUUAAUACAUUGUAAGGCUGCAUGAUGAGACUAAUGAUCAUUUGAAAAAAGUUGCUUGAAAGGCAUGUGCUCUGCUUUUUUUGCGCUGGCUGUUGUCUACACACUUCAUCAGUCUCUCAUUCACAAUUUGACAAGCACUUGACAAUGCCUCAAAUUUCCCAGGGGCAUCCCCUUUGUGUGGCCGAUGCACCCUAAAACAAGUUGUGCGUUUGGUGGCCAGUACCCGUUGUUCCUUUCUCCCUGAUAGCUACAUACUUCGAAGCACCCCUCACUCACAUGGCUCAGGUCGUUCUCACAAGCUACAAGUGAAGAGCGACACUUUGGGAACACAACUCCUUAUCCAAUUCCAACGUACAUAUUGAAUAUAUUGGAAGAAGAGCCCAAAUUUACUUUUUGUCAACCAACAAGAUGAGUAGACCUAAUGAACAGCAAAACCACUAGCCUAUGUCAAUCUACUAUCCCCCAUAGUACAAAAGUUGACUUAUUCUAUUCUUUGCGGGAAAUAAAUAUUCCAAACAUAGUCUGGGACAGUUGUGGGAUGUGAUAGAUCCCAAAUUAUUAUUACAAUCACUAGCAUUAAAAAGCUUUUUUACACGAUGAGACUGAAGCAACAGAUCGGAACGUUUGUCUUAAAAUGUGAUAAACUAUUAGGCUAUUUCAUCACAUUAUAAGCGCAGCAAUGCACACAUGGCAGUAGGCCAUUAUCAAAAAUGCUAUUAUGCAUGUAAUGCUUUUAUUAUAAAGGUGCAUUUUUAUGCUGAAAUUUUUCUUCCCCAAACUUGAGACUCACGUGCUGCUUAAGUAUGUAUGCCAGUUAGGCUCUACCCCCCUUGUAAAGCAGAUUAAUGUACUUCAUUUUAAGAAAAUAUUUGGCCACUUUAGAUGUGAUAAAAACCUUAUCAAAACAUAUAGACCUAUGGGCUAGGCUACAUGAGGUGUGUGACUAUGAUUAGAAAAAUUCACAAAAAAAAGAAUUGUUUCUUUCAAUAUCAGCCUAUCAAUAUUAGUGAUUUAGCUAAUAUUUUCACCCAUCAGACUAUUCUUGAUUUAAUCUUGUCUUUACAUAUACUAAAUAAUAUAUCUGUGAAAUGUGUUUUGAUUUAGAAUGGAUCAUUAUCAUGCACCUGUAUGGAAACAGGGUCAGCGGGAAAAAAAUACAUGUCAUCUAUGCACUUAAAUAGUGAAUGGAGGACUCUUUUCCCCGUGCGGUUUAUUUUCAUGCCAGCCAGGUAGACUAUACUGUGGUAAAGAUAAGCAAAAUAAAUGAUAAUGAGAAAUAAAUAUAGUAGGCCUAGCCUAUAGAAGGCUGAUGGGAUCCUC